AUAACGAUAGAAUAAGGCCACUCAUAGUUCAUGUUAUAAAUAUGAACUUCUCUAGCUAGGGGAAACUCAAAAACUCACUAUACACAAUACUUUUAUUAGCGUGCAUUUUUGUUAAAUACCGGAACAUGUUAGGGUUAGCGUAAGACGCCCACCAGCUAGCUGUGCUGCCGCCUCUUUCUUCUGCAACUUGUUCACAGCUACCAUAAAUAUAUCUUGAUCUUCUUGGAUCUGAUAUACACGGAUCUGAUUUUCAAGAAGAUCGGCUGAUUAAUUAGGGUUACAUAAUCGAACUGAUAGCUGAUGAAGAAGCGUCAAGUGGUAGUGAGAUCGAGAGGCGGAUCUGGUAGGAGCAACAGCACAUCAAUGGCGAGAGGCGUGAGGUACGCAGAAUGCCAGAAGAAUCAUGCGGCCAACAUAGGAGGGUACGCUGUGGACGGAUGCAGAGAAUUCAUGGCGAAUGGAGAUGAAGGCUCAGCAGAAGCGCUGAACUGCGCGGCUUGCGGUUGCCACAGGAACUUCCAUAGGAGGGAAGUGGAUGAGGUAGUUUCUGAUGAGUCGUUUUCAACUAAUUCUUAUUCGCGUACUACUACUGGUGCUUAAUUGAUGCACAACUUUAAUACAACAAGAUUCAAGACGAAUCGAGACAAAGGAGAUUCAUGGUUUGUACAAAGAAUUUGUGUUUGCAUUACUUGAUCUUAAUUUAUAUAUACUCGUGUGAUCAUGUUUGAAUAUAUUGUAUACUUGUGAGCACAAUUACUUAUAUAGUGAUACAAUUAUACAAAUAUUUAUUUAUAAUUUUCCUCAGAGAA